UAAUUCCAAUCUCCAUAGAUGAAACAGCUUGUUAAAAAAUGGGCAUCUGCAACUCAUGCGAGUCAACUUCAGUUGUUACAGCAAAGCUAAUCCUCCAAGACGGCAGUCUCCAAGAAUUCACGAACCCCGUUAAGGUUUCACAUAUACUAGAGAGAAACCCUAACUGUUUCAUCUGUAGUUCAGAUGAUAUGGACUUUGAUAGCACCCUUUGCGCCGUUGAUGAAGAGGAUCAGCUUCAACUAGGUGAGCUUUACUUUGCUUUGCCUUUGAGUAGGUUAAAUAACCCUCUCAGCACCGAGGAGAUAGGUGCCUUGGCUAUCAAGGCAAGUCAAGCUCUUAAUCUGGGUGGGACUGGAAAGAAGAAGUUUUGUGGGUGUGGGUUUAAUGAAAAGGUUGAUCCUCUCUUGCUUCCUAGCAAGAGGGUUGCAAAGUCUAGUUUCAUGGCGACUAAUGGUGGCAGCAACGGAGGUGUAGCUGUUGGCGGUGGUGGAGGUUUUGGAGUGAGGAGAAAAACAAUAGGCGCCGAAAGGAGAUCGGGAAGCAGUUUUGCGGCAAAGUUGACUGUCAUUUUGGAAGAUCAAGUAAAUUGAUCAGCUGAUUUAAAUUGUGCCAAUGUUGGUUGAUUUAUAAGUACUCCAAAUCAUGA